CCACUCUCGCUUGGCAGAAAUGGAGGGUCUCCGGCUGUCCCAGGCUGGCUGGUGUGGGCUUGGGAUCCUCCUGGUGGCCUCUCCAGCCUAGGUCCCUCAGCCACUCUGCCCCAAGAUGGGCCGUGGGGCUGGCCGUGAGUACUCGCCUGCCGCCACCACCGCAGAGAAUGGUGGUGGCAAGAAGAAACAGAAAGAGAAGGAGCUGGAUGAGCUGAAGAAGGAAGUGGCCAUGGAUGACCACAAGCUGUCCUUGGAUGAGCUGGGCCGCAAAUACCAAGUGGACCUGUCCAAGGGCCUCACCAACCAGCGGGCUCAGGACAUUCUGGCUCGAGAUGGCCCCAACGCCCUCACUCCGCCCCCCACAACCCCAGAGUGGGUCAAGUUCUGUCGUCAGCUUUUUGGGGGCUUCUCCAUCCUGCUGUGGAUUGGGGCCAUCCUCUGCUUCCUGGCCUAUGGCAUCCAGGCUGCCAUGGAGGACGAGCCAUCCAAUGACAAUCUAUAUCUGGGUGUGGUGCUGGCAGCUGUGGUCAUUGUCACUGGCUGCUUCUCCUACUACCAGGAGGCCAAAAGCUCCAAGAUCAUGGACUCCUUCAAGAACAUGGUGCCGCAGCAAGCCCUCGUGAUCCGGGAGGGAGAGAAGAUGCAGAUCAAUGCCGAGGAAGUGGUGGUGGGGGACCUGGUGGAGGUGAAGGGUGGAGACCGCGUCCCUGCUGACCUCCGGAUCAUCUCUUCUCACGGCUGUAAGGUGGAUAACUCAUCCCUAACAGGAGAGUCGGAGCCCCAGACCCGCUCCCCUGAGUUCACCCAUGAGAACCCCCUGGAGACCCGCAAUAUCUGUUUCUUCUCUACCAACUGUGUUGAAGGCACUGCCAGGGGCAUCGUGAUUGCCACAGGUGACCGGACGGUGAUGGGACGCAUAGCCACUCUCGCCUCGGGCCUGGAGGUUGGGCGGACGCCCAUAGCCAUGGAGAUCGAACACUUUAUCCAGCUGAUCACGGGGGUGGCCGUAUUCCUGGGGGUCUCCUUUUUCGUGCUCUCCCUCAUCCUGGGCUACAGCUGGCUGGAGGCAGUCAUCUUCCUCAUCGGCAUCAUCGUGGCCAAUGUGCCUGAGGGGCUUCUGGCCACCGUCACUGUGUGCCUGACCCUGACAGCCAAGCGCAUGGCUCGGAAGAACUGCCUGGUGAAGAACCUGGAGGCGGUGGAGACGCUGGGCUCCACGUCCACCAUCUGCUCGGACAAGACGGGCACCCUCACCCAGAACCGCAUGACGGUCGCCCACAUGUGGUUUGACAACCAGAUCCACGAGGCUGACACCACUGAAGAUCAGUCUGGGGCCACUUUUGACAAACGAUCCCCCACAUGGACGGCCCUGUCUCGGAUUGCUGGUCUCUGCAACCGUGCCGUCUUCAAGGCUGGGCAGGAGAACAUCUCUGUGUCUAAGCGGGACACAGCUGGAGACGCCUCUGAGUCAGCUCUGCUCAAGUGCAUUGAGCUGUCCUGUGGCUCAGUGAGGAAGAUGAGGGACAGGAAUCCCAAGGUGGCGGAGAUUCCUUUCAACUCUACCAACAAGUACCAGCUGUCCAUCCACGAGCGAGAAGACAGCCCCCAGAGCCACGUGCUGGUGAUGAAGGGGGCCCCAGAGCGCAUCCUGGACCGGUGCUCCACCAUCCUGGUGCAGGGCAAGGAGAUCCCUCUCGACAAGGAGAUGCAGGACGCCUUUCAAAAUGCCUACAUGGAGCUGGGGGGUCUGGGCGAGCGCGUGCUGGGGUUCUGCCAGCUGAAUCUGCCUUCUGGAAAGUUUCCUCGGGGCUUCAAAUUCGACACAGAUGAGCUGAACUUUCCCACAGAGAAGCUAUGCUUUGUGGGGCUCAUGUCUAUGAUCGACCCUCCCCGGGCUGCUGUGCCAGAUGCUGUGGGCAAGUGCCGAAGCGCAGGCAUCAAGGUGAUCAUGGUGACAGGGGAUCACCCUAUUACAGCCAAGGCCAUUGCCAAAGGCGUGGGCAUCAUAUCGGAGGGCAACGAGACUGUGGAGGACAUCGCCGCCCGGCUCAACAUCCCUGUGAGUCAAGUCAACCCCAGAGAAGCCAAGGCGUGCGUGGUACACGGCUCUGACCUGAAGGACAUGACAUCGGAGCAGCUCGACGAGAUCCUCAAGAACCACACGGAGAUUGUGUUUGCCCGGACGUCUCCUCAGCAGAAGCUCAUCAUCGUGGAGGGUUGCCAGAGGCAGGGAGCCAUCGUGGCCGUGACGGGUGACGGCGUGAACGACUCCCCUGCGCUGAAGAAGGCUGACAUUGGCAUUGCCAUGGGCAUUGCUGGCUCUGACGUCUCUAAGCAGGCAGCCGACAUGAUCCUGCUGGACGACAACUUUGCCUCCAUCGUCACAGGGGUGGAGGAGGGCCGCCUGAUCUUUGACAACCUGAAGAAAUCCAUCGCUUACACCCUGACCAGCAACAUCCCUGAGAUCACCCCCUUCCUGCUGUUCAUCAUCGUCAAUAUCCCCCUGCCUCUGGGCACUGUGACCAUCCUCUGCAUCGACCUGGGCACAGACAUGGUCCCCGCCAUCUCCUUGGCCUAUGAAGCAGCUGAGAGUGACAUCAUGAAGCGGCAGCCCCGAAACCCCCAGACAGACAAGCUGGUGAAUGAGCGGCUCAUCAGCAUGGCCUACGGACAGAUUGGGAUGAUUCAGGCGCUGGGUGGCUUCUUCACCUACUUCGUAAUCCUGGCAGAGAACGGUUUCCUGCCAUCACGGCUGCUGGGUAUCCGCCUUGACUGGGAUGACCGAACCAUGAAUGACCUGGAGGACAGCUAUGGACAGGAGUGGACCUACGAGCAGCGCAAGGUGGUGGAGUUCACGUGCCACACGGCCUUCUUUGCCAGCAUCGUGGUUGUGCAGUGGGCUGACCUCAUCAUCUGCAAGACCCGCCGCAACUCGGUCUUCCAGCAGGGCAUGAAGAACAAGAUCCUGAUUUUUGGGCUCUUGGAGGAGACGGCAUUGGCUGCUUUUCUCUCUUACUGCCCGGGCAUGGGUGUGGCCCUCCGCAUGUACCCACUCAAGGUCACUUGGUGGUUCUGUGCCUUCCCCUAUAGCCUUCUCAUCUUUAUCUAUGAUGAGGUCCGAAAGCUCAUCCUGCGGCGAUAUCCUGGUGGCUGGGUGGAAAAGGAGACCUACUACUGAGCCCACUGGAAGAAGAGAACCAGGCAUGGGAAAGAUGGGGAGCUCUGGAGGUGUUAUUGGGAUGUUGAUGGAAAGGGAUGGAAAAAAUGGGGUGGGAUUUUGGAAGAGGCAAUGAGGCAACUCAGCAGGCUAAGUUGCAGAGAGAGGGUGAAUAAGCUCGGGGUGAUUGCCCUGUUGACCUGACUGUGAAUGAUCAGACUAGACAUUACAUGUUAGGGCCCCUCCCUAGACCCUUUUCCAUCCCACUCCACUAUGCCACUAUGUUGUCUACUUUUUUCUAAUGAAUUGAAGGUUACCCCACCCCUCCCCAUCCCCUAUCCCUUCACCCCCCUUCCUACCAUAACAGAUCAACAUCCAAAGGCAGGGAGAAGGAAAGCCUCUCUGAUCAUCCAGUGUCCCUCUAUUGCCCCAGCCUCACUCUGCUUCCCACUUUCACCCCUGGUUAGCUGCCUGCCUGGCUCAGUCCCAUCGGCUUCCUCCUCAGACCUUGAAAUCACAGAAGGCUCCUCUGGUAAAUGCAAGAGAGCCUGAGGCCAAAACGGGAAGCUGGUGGCAGAAGCUGCUUCUCUCCCAGUCACAGCUGGUUAGGGACCUGGAGAGGAGAGCUGGGUAGACUGGUGGGAGGUUGGAGUGGGGCUGGCUGGAGGAGGAGAGAGGAAAGGAGAGAAAUAGCACCACGAACAAGACAUUUAACAUGUCUUGAGUCUCCAGAUAGACGUCGUGGGCUCCAGCUCUGUGUCCUGGCCUUCACUACCAGCAGACCAAGUUCAGAUCUCAUCAGAGCAGCAGAGGCCGGACCAGAAGGCAAUCUGGGGAGCUUCACGGAGAUGCCACACUUGUGCACCACGGAGUUCCCCACUGAUCCUGGGUUAGUGGUCCUCUUGGUCCGUGAGGCCCAGAGGUCACUGAAGCUCCAGCUCUCUCGAUUACAUGUGCUUAGGAACACCCCACCCUUUGCAAUACUAGGUCCUCGGAAGCUCCAUGCUGUUCCGAGGGGGAUAGCUGCCAGUUCUUUCCCAGCCCCUCCCACUCCCUUCCCCCUCAUGCCCAUGUUGAUGAACCUGCGUCAUUCCUGGGCACUGCCAAGCCAGCCCUGGGAAAGGAAUUCCCUGGCCAUUGGCUGGAAUUGGGGUGGAGAAGUUCCCAGAACCUUCCCAUCUUCCAGGAACAUGCAGAAUCAGCUUAGGUCAUGAACAUGGUCAGAACCUUUGGACAACAAGAGGGAAAAUAUUAGGAGACUUUUCUUUGACCUCAAGUGGCAGGGCUGUCCUUCACACUGAUGAUCAUUGUGCCCUCUCCCCCUGAGAUGGGGAGUUGGUUUCAGUUUCCCAAGGGAGAUACUUUUCUUUCCUUACUUCCUUUACUUCCUCCCCACCUCACAUUUUUGCUCUGCAGGCAGCUCUGCCCAUUCUCUAAGCCUGGCUUAGAAGGCACUGGGAAUGCCCUGUGCAGAGACCUAGAUGAGCCACUCAAGUGAGAGAGACACCUAAGGAAAUGGAAGACCUAAGGCAGAAAGGAAGGAAGCACAAAAGACAAACAUUAGGUCAGGCCCAUAAACAAUCCCCAGGGCUACUAUUUCAUUACACUGGAAUUUUUCUUUAUCAGAAGUACCUAGAAGGGAGUCAUUGCCUUGGGCUUGGAAAUCCAAAUGGGAGACCAUAUUAACUUGGGCCCCAUUAAUUUGAGAUUAUUACCUGUGGACAAAAGUUUAUCUUUGCACAAUCAAAAAAAUGAUAUUUGUUUAGUAAAUUAAGAGCAUAAACAGUAUUUCUGGGGUGGCAUAUUUAGUCUAUCUAAAACAAUACUUUCAGGCACUUUAGAAAUAUCCAUUUAGAAGUAGUGAGUGCAUGGGCUAAUUAUCAUCAAUCCUCAAGUAUUUGUUAAAGAAACAUCUACAGGGUCUUUACUGGUGACCUUUUGUAAAAUGUUAGUUUGAGGCACUGCAUAUGUACUUGAAAAUAAUAAAGUUGCAUUUCUUUAUGAAAAAAA